AUGCCCUACAAGUCGAGGUGGGAACUGUCACCACCUCAUGUAUCUGUCCCUUCUUUCCUCUUUGGCUCGCCAACGGGAAUAUUGUCGGAUGCUGAAAAAAUCCUGCUCGAUUGGAAGCGUCCUGAAACACAUUCCUUCAGCCUUCAUAGCCUACGAGAAUGGUCAAAGCGAUUUGCCGCGGGCUUAACAGCGGCCGGGAUACAGCAAGGAGACCGAGUGAUGUUGGUUUCAGGAAACAACUUUUGGACACCAGUGAUAGUGCUGGGUGUCGUGAUGGCUGGUGGAAUUUACAACAGUGCGAACCCAGCCAGCACGGCCAGAGAACUGGAGUACCAAUUGAAAGACAGCGAGCCAAGAUUUGUAUUCGCAGCAGAGAACUGUCUAAGAGUAACUCAAGAGGCAGCCAAAUCAGCCGGCAUUGAUCAGAGUCACCUAUUCCUCUUUGAAGAAUUACCCUCACAUUUUGCAACGGCGUCGGAGAGGCAAGAGAAACUUAUCAACAACACCGCACAACACUGGGGCACAUUGAUCACGACACCUCAGGUGGGCAGUGCUUUCAGGUGGGAUGAGUCUCAGACGGCUGAAAUGGCCACCAAAACAGCUAUACUGAUUUACUCGUCUGGGACUACCGGUCUGCCCAAGGGUGUCGAGGUGACGCACUCUAAUCUCGUCAGCACCACAAUGCAGCUGAUGAAGAUGCAACUAUCAGACAAGAGUGUCACGCAAAGAAGAAGCCUAUGUGUGCUUCCGAUGUACCAUGGUCUCGGUCUUGUCUACUUCGUUUUUGUGGCGUCAAAAUCGGGAUUACAGAGCUAUAUGAUGCAACGAUACAAUCUCCGUGACAUGCUAUCGUGUAUCGACAGCUUCAAAAUCACGGAGCUCCUUCUGGUACCCCCUAUACUGUUAGCUAUUGCAAAACAUCCGUCUGCCCGCAAUGGCGAUUACGAUCUCAGCAGCGUCAGGAAGGUAGUUGCUGGAGCGGCGCCUCUUGGCACAGAAGUUACACAGCAAUUCGAAGAGAUCUGGUCAGGAAGAGUGAGAGUUCGACAGGCUUGGGGCAUGUCAGAAAUCCCAUGUAUCGCCAUGUGCUGGAAUGAGGCUGAGAGCUCUGGCCCGUCAUCAAUAUCAGUGGGAGAGCUUGUGCCAGGUGUGGUGGCCAAGCUAGUGCUUGAGGAUGGGACAGAGGAGACGCGACCGGGGAGCCUAGGGGAACUCUGGGUCCGCGGUCCUAAUGUCAUGAAGGGUUACUGGCGUAAGCCUAAAGAAACGUCAGAGACGAUAACCGCCGACGGAUGGCUGAAGAGUGGCGAUAUCGCUUACAGGGAUGAGAAUAACAAAUGGUAUAUCGUGGACAGAAAAAAGGAGUUGAUCAAGGUCCGAGGAGCACAGGUUGCUCCCGCUGAACUUGAAGCGCUUCUACUUGAGCAUCCCCAAAUCUUGGAUGCUGCCGUCAUCGGCCUCAGUCCAUCGGAUGAUGAAGACCCGCGUGCGUAUGUGGUUCCUCGACAUGCCGGUGCGAUAACAGAAGAGGAGAUUGUGGAGUUUGUUGCAUCAAAGGUGUCCAAGAUCAAACGUCUCACAGGGGGUGUCGGCUUCUUGUCUUCCAUUCCCAAAAAUCCGUCCGGCAAGAUCCUUCGAAGGGAGUUGCGAGAAUAUGCAAAGAAACAAAACUCCAACGGGACGAGCCUGAAAUCGCACCUCUGA